AUGUUCAUCAAACCCUGGGUGCCAUACCAUUCCAACUGGCCAGCUGAGGUUGCCCUCCUUUUAGUGGAAGGUAAAGGCAGCGAGAAGAAGGAACAGAGCGACUCCAAAGGCCCUGAGCCAACAGUUCAUGGCAAAAUCCGGAUUGAUGAGCAGUACGAUGAGGAUGCAGCUGGUGACAGGAAUUCGCACCUUCUGGAGUCCAGCGCGUUUUCCGCCUUCGCUUUGGAGGAGGAACAGCUGGAGGAGCCGCAAAAUCCAGAGACUGAGGCACCCCCGGAAGUUGAGUCCGAGACGAGGAAGCCUUGUCGCAACUGCGCUUUGGGUGUUCUUCUGGCGCGGCGGAUUGUUUGGGAUCUGUUGCGAUAUCGUGAAGGGACGGUCAUUGCUAGUCACUGCAUCACUUUUCCAAGUGGGGAGGCCGUUGUGGCCGGCACCUUGGCGGGUGUGCAGAGCGUGCCGGCCACGUUGUACAACUUGGAGCAUCCGGAGUAUCCAUCCACUGCUGUCGUCUUUCCACAGUGCGUGGGUGUUUGGUUUGCAUCAACAGGCAUCUACCUCCUCUACAGCGGCUACGCGCAAGUGCGCCGUAAGCCUGUGCAGCACGCGGUGAUCCGGCCCGCCUUUGUCAGUGGCUGCAUCUGGUCAGUCGGAUUUCUCUUCAUGAUCAAAGGGAUCCAUGAGUUGGGCUUUGCCGUUGGUUACACCCUGGACGCGGUGGGACCCAUCAUCAUCGCCAGCAUCGUCUCCAUUUGUUGGUUCAAAGAAAUCACCGGGCGACGUCAGCUGAUGAUCUACUGGACUGCUGAAGCCCUCCAGUUGCUGGGGGUGAUUCUCAUCACUGUGUUCAGCAAGCAAUGA